UAUGAAAAAACCCUCAAACAUGAGUCUUCUCAAUGCACAAGUAGUUACUUCGACUUCUGGUGAUGAUCACCAUCCUUCUUUUAGUUCAACCGUUAAACCUUAUUGCUUCACAAGGGCAUUUUUGCAUCUUCCAUUGGAUUUUGUGAAGUCAAAUGGAUUGAUGAAUAGAAAGUGUGAGAUGGUUCUGAAAGAUGAAGCACAAAGAUGUUGGUCAGUGUGGAUUGGGAGAGCUGGACGUCAUUUUGGAAUUUUACGCGGAUGGACAAAAUUCAGAGCAGAAAAUGGACUCCGAGUAGGAGAUGCUUACAAGUUUGAACUCAUCAAGAAUGGGGAAAUGCCUAUAGCACAAUUCCAUUGCAAAUAUUCUGGAAAGGUUGUAAAGAGCGAGGAACAGUAAUGAAGCAAGUUCACUAUUAAAAAUACAAAUUGGUUGAUCCAAUGUUUGGUAUAUAACUUCAAAACCUAUGUACAAUGUUUCUGCAAAAUCUUCAUGUAAGGUAAGUAAAUGAGUGAGACUUGGAAGUAAUGACUGACUAGCCAGCUUUUGUCCAGGUCUCGAUGACUCAGAAUGGCUUGGUCGUGGUUGUAUAAACUAUGCAUGGAUUAGUUGAACGUUGUCUCGUUUCCUAGCAGGAUAGGCUUGGUAGUAGGUUGGUGCAUUGUACAUGUUUCCCUGUUUAUACCAGUAGUAGUAGUAGUAGGAUUUGUUUCGUAGUUGCUUGUCUUAUGACUUUUGUUACUCAUCGUUAUUCACUAUGCUUCAGUUAUCACAUUAGUGAAUUAUGUUGAGCGGUCUUUUAAUUUGAAUGCUAUGUUAUG